GCUCCGAUGCUUACAACUCCAUCUUUUUUUCAUACCAUCGCCAGGGGCAUCCAUCUUCUUCAAUGCACAGUUGGACAGUGUUUACCCUACUGAUAUAAUGCCUUCUGACGAGCCUACCACGGUAGAGGCAGCGGAAGCUGCCAGAGUCCCUGUGACCGAGCAAACACCGCUGCUUGGUGAGACAGCGCAGCCUGAUGAAAGUGAAGAGCCCGAAGUUCCUCUGGCCAAAGAACCCAGCACGAAGGAAUUGCUCUUGGUUCUGGGCAGUAUCUGGUUGGGUGUAUUCCUGGCAGCUCUAGAUACAACAAUUGUUGCUACAUUGACAGGUCCCAUAUCUUCUUCCUUUAACUCUCUUUCCCUGCUUUCCUGGCUAGCAGCAUCCUAUCUCAUCUCUAAUGCUGCCUUCCAACCGCUGAGCGGGAAAUUGACGGAUAUCUACUCCCGACGGACUGGACUGAUCUUCUCCAACAUCUUUUUCGCGGCCGGGAAUCUGAUUUGCGGUCUCGCCAAUAGCGAGUGGCAAAUCGUGCUUGGUCGUAUUAUCGCGGGGAUUGGAGGAGGCGGCCUUCUAGCGAUCGCGACAUUUGUCACGUCGGAUCUGAUCCCUCUUCGGAAACGGGGAGUAUGGCAGGGUAUCGGGAAUAUCUGCUAUGGCGCUGGGAGUGGACUGGGCGGAGUGUUUGGCGGCUUCAUUAAUGACACGCUGGGAUGGAGAUGGGCUUUCUUGAUCCAAGUCCCUUUUAUUGUGGUUUCGUGCCUUCUGGUCGUGUUCACGGUGAAGGUGCCGGUGAAGGAGUCUGAUGCGUCAAAGCUGAAACGGAUCGACUUCCUCGGUGCUAUAACACUGCUCAUCACGCUGGUUUUGUUCCUGCUCGGCCUCAAUGCUGGCGGAAGCCAGGUUUCUUGGACACACCCUCUUGUUCUCACCUCGCUGCCACUUUCUGUCGUGUUCCUGGGCAUCUUCAUCUACAUUGAAGCGAAUGUUGCGUCUGAGCCUGUGAUUCCUGUCCGUCUUCUGUUAGACCGGACGGUGGCUUCGGCCUGUCAUACGAACUGGUUUUCAACCAUGGUUAUCUUUGGCCUUCUCUUUUAUCUGCCGCUCUAUUUCCAAGUCCAGGGCCUUUCAGCCACUGAUGCUGGUGUGCGAUUGAUUCCAUAUGCUGUUGGGACAUCACUUGGCUCGCUGGGUUGUGGCGUUAUCAUGCGUGCCAGUGGUCGGUACAGGCUGCUGAAUCUGACCUCGGUGUCCUUCCUAGUUCUGGCGACGAUCACGAUCUCUACAAUGACCCUCUCUACUCCUGGGUGGGUGCCUUUCAUCUACCUUUUCCUUUUGGGCCUUGCCUACGGUAGCAUGCUCACAAUCACCCUUGUUGCGCUUAUCUCGGCUGUCGACCAUCAGCACCAUGCGGUCGUCACAUCAGCAUCUUAUGCAUUCCGCAGUACAGGGAGUACGAUCGGCAUUGCCAUCGCUUCUGCAGUCUUUCAGAACUUAUUCAAGUCGGAGCUCUGGUCUCGCUUCGGCGAUCGCGACCAUGCCCAGGAAAUCAUCUCCCGGAUCAGGGAUAGUUUGGAUGAAAUUGCCAAGCUCCCAUCAGACUGGAAAUACGGUGUGUUGGAUGCGUACAUGGACUCUCUCCGAGCGGUCUUCUUGACGCUCUUUGGGCUCGGCGUGUUGGGAGCGUUGGCCAGUUUGGCCAUGAGAGAGCAUAAACUGCACUCGAACCUGUCCAGAAGGGACCAGUAAGGGUGUCUAUACAAGUAGAUAUAUACACUUAUGAGCAUAGAACUGUCAAUAUAUAUCUUCAUCCUCUAUCG